AUGAAGAAGGGCCAUCAAAUAUACGAGUCAUUGACGCGUCCCAGCCAAAGUCCCAACAAGGGUGAGACACGUCCCAUGACUCACUGGGACGAAAUCGAGGCUCGUGAAAUUGGUGCUGAAGUCCAAAACUGGGAUCCGUCCAAAGAAACGAACGUUUGGGAGCACAGUGGACUUUAUGAAGGUGACAUUCUACUUGAGCUCGGUCGUAAUGGACUUCUUAACAAAACAGCACGUUGGCCGAAAGGGAUCAUUCCAUAUCGCAUAGAAGAAGAAGAUUUCACAGAAGGCGAAGUUCUUACGAUUCGCAAAGCCAUCAAGGAAUAUCACAAUAAAACGUGUCUAAAAUUUCGACCGUUACGCAAAUCGGACGAGAAUUGGGUAGAAAUCGUUGGAUCUCGAAGUGGUUGUUGGUCAAGUGUAGGCAUGCAGGGCGAUGGGCAACUGUUGAAUUUACAAACUCCCAACUGCGUGAGAUUUGGGGUGGUAUUGCACGAAUUAAUGCAUGCCGUGGGCUUCUAUCAUCAGCAAAGUGCGAGCAAUCGAGAUGAUUUUGUCAAAAUUCACUGGGAAAAUAUCAAGGAUGGACGCGAACAUAAUUUUAACAAGUACAAUACGAGUGUGAUAACGGACUUUGGGGUGCAAUAUGACUACAAAAGUGUGAUGCAUUACAGUGGGAAGGCUUUUUCGAAGAACCAAAAGCCAACAAUUGAAGCUCUCAAAGCAAAUACUACGUUGGGACAGCGAGACGGAUUUACGGAAAGUGAUGUUCGAAAGCUUAAUGUCAUGUAUGAGGAAGAAUGCAAAAAACGAGUAGCGGAACCGGAAGAAAGUGGAAUAGAUUGGGGCACGUUGCUGGCUCCAUGGAAGAACAAAGAUGUGCAAGAUUGA